AUGAUUGAAGACGACAUUUACCGUGCCUCAUCCCAGUACCGGCUGUGGUCAUACACCGAGCCAUCCCUGCAAUCUCUCAGAGCCACAACAAAUGCCGUUGCCAGCGAGCGCGUGCGCGCCGCUUUGCGCAGAUCGCGCGAAGCUCCUCAGUCGACUGCAACUUCCGCGGCGGGAACACCACUACCGGAAAGCAAUACGGAAGUCAAGAAUAAAGAUGAGAAGGACGUGGAGUGCUUGACGCCAGAGGAGGAGCUCGUUCUCGUGCGCUAUUACUGCGAGAAGACGCUAGAGCUGGGAGAGACAUACAAGCCACCAAUUCCGACAAUGGUCCGGGCCACCGCGAUCCAAUACCUCCGCCGCUUCUACCUAACCAAUUCGCCCAUGACAUACCAUCCAAAGUCGAUCAUGGCGUGUGCGCUCUUCGUCGCCACCAAAACCGAUAACUACUAUAUUUCCCUUCGGCAAUUUGCAGAUGGAAUCCCCGGUGACACAACGACAGAGGACGUCAUCGCACCAGAAUUCCUGCUCAUGCAGGGACUCCGAUUCACUUUUGAUCCAUCGCACAAGGCCAAGGCCAGCCAGCCCCCCCAUCUACCAUAUGAGACCGCAGAAGAUCUCCAACAAGGAUUACUGUCCAUCGCACCUCCUCCCGUCCCAUCAUCCUCAAUGUCAGAUCGAAUCGCUCGGGCCCACGGCACAACCCGUGAGCUGCUGAAAUCCGCUGCGCAGAUGACGGACGCCUACUUCUUGUACACACCAUCCCAGAUCUGGUUUUCCGCCUUUUUACUGGCAGAUCGUCCUCUAGCCGAGUUUUUGCUGGAUGUGAAACUCGGUGGUCCUGUCACAGCCACAAUCCCCGCCCCCGAAACAGACGAAAAUGGCCUGGUGAACCCUCUAUACGAAAUUCGCUCCAAGCUGCAUCACGUCUUGACUGAAUGCUCUGCUCUUCUUCAAUCCUACACACCCCUCUCCUCCGACCCUGCGCAAAUGAAGAGCCUCAAGCGCAUCGCAAAGAAACUGUAUCAUUGUCAGAACCCCGAGAAGGUGAAUCUGGCUGCCGCUCAGAAACGGGAAUCAACCCAACCAUCUACAGCUGUUCAAAGCGACGCUGGAAUUGUCACUUCGGAGAGCGAAACAGAACGCCUAGCGAAGAAGCGGAAAUUGGAACAAGAACAGAAAGUCCGUCAAGAGGACGAUGUUUUUGGUCCGGAGUUGGUCACUCAGCGGACCAAGCAGUAA